CGCAGCCCAGCCGGGCGCGCGGUGGAGUGCCGGGGUGCGGCUGGGCUAGUGGAGCCGUGGCCCAGCCGGGAUGGCGACGCCGAUCGCUCCGCGCCGGGGAGCCGGCGCUACCGGCCGGCGCUGGUUGGUGCUGCUGCCGCCCCUGCUGCUGGCGGUGCUGCUGCCGCGGCCCGCGGCGGCCCUGGUGGAAGGGCUCUACUGCGGCACGCGGGACUGCUACGAGGUGCUGGGGGUGAGCCGCACGGCGGGCAAGGCGGAGAUCGCGCGGGCCUACCGCCAGCUGGCUCGGCGCUACCACCCCGACCGCUACCGGCCCGAGCCCGGCGACGAGGGCCCCGGACGGACGCCGCAGAGCGCGGAGGAGGCCUUCCUGCUGGUGGCCACCGCCUACGAGACUCUUAAGGAUGAAGAAACUCGAAAAGAUUAUGAUUACAUGCUGGAUCACCCAGAAGAGUACUACAGCCAUUACUACCACUACUACAGCAGGCGCUUAGCCCCUAAAGUGGAUGUGAGAGUUGUGAUCUUGGUCAGUGUGUGCGCUAUUUCAGUGUUUCAGUUUUUCAGUUGGUGGAACAGCUACAACAAGGCAAUCAGCUACCUGGCCACAGUGCCCAAGUACCGUAUCCAAGCCAUGGAGAUUGCCAAGCAGCAGGGAUUGCUGAGAAAAGCCAAAGAGAAGGGCAGAAACAAAAAGUCCAAAGAGGAAAUUCGUGACGAGGAGGAGAACAUCAUAAAGAACAUUAUAAAAAGUAAAAUAGAUAUAAAGGGAGGCUAUCAGAAACCCCAGUUCCGUGACCUUCUCCUGUUUCAAAUUCUCUUAGCUCCCUUUCACCUGUGCUCAUAUAUAGUCUGGUAUUGCCGGUGGAUCUAUAAUUUUAACAUCAAAGGCAAAGAAUAUGGGGAAGAAGAAAGACUAUAUAUCAUACGUAAAUCUAUGAAGAUGUCAAAGUCUCAGUUUGAUAGUCUAGAAGAUCAUCAGAAAGAAACUUUUCUUAAACGGGAGCUUUGGAUAAAGGAGAAUUAUGAGGUCUACAAACAGGAACAAGAAGAGGAACUAAAGAAAAGACUGGCAAAUGACCCUAGAUGGAAGAGAUAUAGGAGGUGGAUGAAGAAUGAAGGGCCCGGACGGUUAAUGUUUGUGGAUGACUGAAGAUUGCUGGAAUGCUACUAUGCCAAACCUUAAUUGUGAUACUAUUUUCAUAACUGAAUUAUUUUAGAAAUGUACUGACUGUUCCUCAGCAGUAACUAAAAUUCCUCAAGUAUUUGAUUAAACAGAAUAAUGUAGAAAUUUAAACUUUCCCUUCAAACUUUAUACAUAAGACAUUUAUGAUUGUUCAAUUUUUAUAAUCAAUUUGUGGAUUUUGUUAAAAGAUUUGACAUGAAGAUUUAUUAGUUGCCAUUUAAAAAUUUUAUAUGUUUGGUUAAAAAAUUUGACAUGAAAAUUUAUUAGA